AUGGACUCAAAGAACGUUGAAUUAUACACCCCACGUAAGUGCUCAGCCACCAAUCGUUUAAUCACUGCUAAAGACCACGCCUCUGUCCAAAUUAACAUUGGUCACGUCAACCAAGAAGGUAUCUACACCCGUGAAUUCACCACCUUCGCUUUCUGCGGUUUCCUCCGUAACAAUGGUCAAUCAGAUGCUGCCUUAAACAAACUCGCCCAACAAAAAGGUUUCUUAAAAUCAUUCUAAAUUAAAUAAUAAAAUAGUGAUAUAAUAAUAAAACCUUAUUUUAU